AGGGGCCCCCGCUGCUAUCUCCUUGAGCGGAUGGCCACAACUCAUUGUCCACCUUUUUCAAUGAAAAUUAUGACCCCCCCUGCUAAAUAACCAAACAUGGCGUGAAAAUAUUUUCAUUUUGUUGAGUUUGCCCCUCCAAGAUGCAUGUAUUUUCAAAUUCUUCUCGGUGACUCAAACUUUUUCUUCCGAAAUAAGUGAGCAGCUGUGUCCUUUAACUCCUCGUUCACUGCGCGGCGUCGAAAAUGGGGUGCAUGUGCGGCUGUGGGGAGGCGCCCCCGGACACCGACGACGAGGCAAUGCACCACAUGAUGGAGAGGAAAGUGAGUGCGAACGCCCGGGCACAGUCAAAAGGUUCACGUUUCUCGGCAGCGGAGCGCACGUCGAAGGAAGUAGCCGCGAAAGUAAAGAAGAGGAAAGGAACAGACGGAAGCUCGACCUCAGAGGAAGCAUAUCCAGAACCCGAGGGCAAGACUUCGAGGAAGACCGGGGACCCCAAGUCUGUGAAAUCAGAAAAGGGCGAGUACUUACUUAUUUACUUUUUUUGCGAGCCUCGCGAUUGUUAUAUUGCUUGAUGGUAAUGUUUUUGUGUGCUGCAUGAUAUUGAUGAUGACCGCAGCGGAUUGCCGCACAGUGGAAUUCUGUAGUCCCGGUCUCAUCGUGCUUUACACAGUGAAGCUAUCUAGAAGUAGAUGUGAAUCUUCCCAUUUCUAUGCUUCCAACAGGCAACUUCACCUGGACCCACUGAGCGGACAAAUAGUCGAGAGUGCCGCGUUUCCCUCGGAGUAUGACCGGUUCGACAAACAAGCAGCGUUUGCUAGCAAGCAAGCAACCGCAACUACGAAACUGAUGACAUGGAAACUCCAUUCUCGUCACAUUUGUGCAUAUGGUAAGGGAGAUCCGAGUGGUUCGCCACAAUGUAGUACUAUUCAAGCCAGAGAAUGUCACGACCGAUAUCUUGGGUGGUCUCAGGCGGCAUAGCUUUUGCUUUUGAAACUGUGCUUUUGCAACCUUUCUGCCUACAUACGGAGAACAGUGUGGCAGGGUCUGAUGAUGCAUGUUGUAAGUAUCUUUGGCACAGAGUGACGAACUUUGAAUGCAGUUUCCCUUGACUUUCAUAGGCGGCACACAUUCGCUCCAGAUGGACAGCCGAAACGACAUACUGAGUUGAGCUCAAAUGAUGUGACGAUGCUCGUAAUCAUUUAUCCAUACACAAAGCAUCCUCUUCCCUCUUGGAGUUAGAGUAGUAGAAGAUGAUUGAAGUAGUUUUUACAACUCGCCAAAUAACACGUUUUUAGUUUGUUUUUUCAAAAGCCAGACUGCUGCAAGGUGGUAGCGUCUGGUGGAGGCAAUCUGGGAAAGGCAGGACGGGAUUUUCUAGUUCCUCACUUGUCUGCGGUAGAAAAACGAAGGUCGGUGUCGCUCACUAGCUUCUUCGCAGGAUUGCGACGCCCCGGCAAUAUCGCUGUAUGAUUAUGAAGAGGACACUUCUGCUUAUGACGAAGCGGCAACACAAGUGAAAGACGAAGACUGCAACUAUUUCCCCGGAUAGAUUUCUGCCUUUUAUUCAUAUUUAUACAUAGAACGAAAAUGCGC